GCUAACAUUACAAUCUCCAAUCCUACAUCAGAAUACGACCUACGAAAAAGUUUUAGUAAAUAUUUGAAUUGGAGUAAUUUAAAAAACAUAUACGCCUACGGAAAGUGUUAAAGUUAUAAAACAUGAAGAACAAGCUUGGAAACGAUUUUGGUGCCAAUGAGAAGUUCGUCAGUGAUUUGCCGAUGAAUGUCGAAGAGCAAAUACCUAAGACGACAUCGCGCCGGGAGUCCAUACCACCAAAAAUUGUUGUGUGUCCGCCAGUUGAAGAAUCGUCUGAAGCAGUAACCACCACUCGUGGUACACGUUUAUUAAAAGCUCUCAGUAAGCGCCUCUCAAGAAGAUCAGCUGACGGCGACUCGCUGGGCAGUUCUAGCAGCAACGAUAGUAUGUCCUGUGAAACUGGACGUACUGACGGACGGUCCUCAAGCUCAGCGAGUGAUUCCGGCAGUGAUAACUCGGAACGUCAACGCCGCCAUCGUUCAACAGUGUCUUUACGACGAGUUUUCCAAAAUCUUAACCUAACGAGCCGUUCACAUUCCUCCUCACCCACGGAACGACAUCGACAACCCAAAAAACAAUCACAACCGAAGCGCAUUCUUCGAAGUCCAGUCACUUACACCUAUGUCAGAGGAUUGUCCGGCUUGCCAACCCAAAGAGUGCCACGACAUACAGUAGGCCUCAAUCGGUAAAAAGUGCAUCAAGCUCAUCGGAAAAUACUAGGAGGAGAUCAAGACUGGUUAAAUAUAAAGUGUCAGUAUUAAAAUCGCUAGAGAACAGUUUUCGUCAUAUCAAAAAAAAACAGGUGAUUCAAGGGCCAGGUAUAUUAAAGAAAAAACGUUGUUAAUUAUAGCGAUGGGAAUAAGAUUCUUAAGCGCAUUGCAGCGCGGACUGUUGUAAUGUUAUGGAAAUUGUAAAAGACUGUAUUAAUACGAUUUAAUGGGAAUCUGAAAGAUAAAGAUAUUUUUGUCAUCGAAAAAAUACUUGAAAAUCAUUUAAACCAAUUUUUAAAAGAAUUCUUUACAUUUUGAACUAGAGUGUGGAUAGGUAAAGAAAGAAAUAUUAACACAGUGCAAAUGGUUCUAUCUACCAAGUCUUAUAUCCCGUAAGAAGAAUUGUGCCUUUCCAGAGAGUA